CUGCAAAACAAAUACAAAAGAAAGAGAACCAUGGAAGGAAAAAAUAUCUUACAUAUGAAUACUGGCAAUGGAGAAUUAAGCUAUGCCCGUAACUCGCUUCUUCAGGAAUCUAUGACGAGGAAAGCUCUUUCAGUUUUAAAUCUUGCAAUCAAGAGUAUGGCUGAUCUUGACAUCAUCUUCAGUCAGUGUGUCAAGAUAGCAGAUUUGGGAUGCUCCUCUAGUGUAAAUUCACUAUUGGUUGCAUCCAACAUUAUCGAUAUAGUCAACAAGCUGUGUGAAGAAAAUAAUCAAAAAGCACCACAGUUUGAAUUUUACUUAAAUGACCUUUUCGGAAAUGAUUUCAAUACCAUUAUCAAAAUGAUACCCAACUUUUAUUCAAAACUUAAGAAGGAUCAGGGAGAACAUUCUGGCCAUUGUUUUGUUUCAGCUACCCCUGGUUCAUUUUAUGGUAGACUCUUUCCAGACCAAAGCAUGCACCUUGUUCACUCGUCAUACUGUCUUCAUUGGCUUUCUCAGGCACCUGACGGUAUUGAAAACAACACAACGAAUAUAUACAUCGCCAAAUCAAGUCCGCCAAAUGUGUUUGAAGCUUAUGAAAAGCAAUUUCAGAACGACUUUGGAAACUUUUUAAAGGUACGCUCUCAAGAAAUAGUACAAGGUGGAUGCAUGGUAUUAACUUUUAUUGGUCGGAGUAUGGCUGAUCCAACCUGCGAUGAUUGUAUCUAUCUUUGGCAUCUACUAGGGCUAUCACUUCUUGAUUUGCUAAAAGAGGGAUUGAUCCAAGAAUCAGAUUUGAACUCCUUCAAUAUGCCAUACUAUACUCCAUACGAGGAUGAAGUUAUGAAUAUUAUUAGAAAUGAAGGGUCGUUCUCUCUUGAUACCUUGAAUGUUUUUCAAGUCAACUGGUAUCCAAUCAAGACGGAUGAUGAUGAUGAUGAUGAUGAUGCAAAUGCGAAAGAUUUUAAUGAGCCAAGCCAUAUCUAUGGGAAAAAGACAGCAAAAGCCAUUAGAGCUGCUGUGGAACCAUUUUUGACGUCUCAUUUUGGAAAUUCCAUUAUGGACGUCCUAUUUAAAAGGUAUGCAAAGCAUGUGGCGUUACAUCUAGCUAAAAAGAAUACAGGACACUUUAGUCUUGUCAUUUCAUUGUCAAAAAAAUAAACUAUUCGUGUGCUCAAAAUAUGUUUGUUGUUUCAAGUUUGCUUAUUGUUAUAUUUUCAAUAAAUGCACAACUGUGUCUCUAAUUUGUUGGCUUCAUAUUAAUUGGAGUGUUAUCUUUGUAUAAUAAACGAAACUAUGCUUGUACUCUGUAAUUCUAUUUGUACUCUGUAAUUCUAUUUGUAUCUUUGUUUUA